AUGCAGGCGUCCCUCGGAGACCCCAGAGCAGUGGACAGUAAUGUGAAAACAAUACUCAUGUCGUGUCUGAAAGGGCAACAAGUCAUCAUUAAAAUGGAGGCGAUGAAAAUCAUCCACCCGGAGAAGUUUUCGGAGCUGCAGGCCUCGCAGCCGCGCUACGCGCCGGCCCCGCGCCGCGAGCCGCCCCUCGUGGCCAAGCGUGCUUGGCCCUCCGAGUCCGAGAUCAUCGUCAACCAGGCGUGCGGGGACAUCCCCGCCUUGGAUGCCACCCCCGGCCCCCUGCCGCUGCCCCGGACUCCCCCCCUGCCGCGGCGAGAGCGCGGGUACCAGAGCCAGCGGAAGGGCAGCUCGGAGGUCUGCUACCACCGGCAGCCGCCGUCAGACGAGGUGAUCGUCAACCAGUACGUGCUGCACCCCUCGACACCCUGCGAGCCCCUCGAGUGCCCCACCUGCGGCCACAUGUACAACUUCACCAACAAGCGGCCCCGCAUCCUUUCCUGCCUGCACUCGGUGUGCGAGGAGUGCCUGCAGAUCCUCUAUGAGUCCUGCCCCAAGUACAAGUUCAUCUCCUGCCCCACCUGCAAGCGGGAGACCGUCCUCUUCACCGACUACGGGCUGGCGGCGCUGGCCGUCAACACCAGUAUCCUCAACAGACUGCCGGCCGAGGCCCUGGCCGCCAACCCCGUCCAGUGGAGCAGCGACACCGACCGCAGCUGCUACCAGACCUUUCGCCAGUACUGCGGGGCUGCCUGCACCUGCCACAUCCGAAACCCGCUGUCUUCCUGCACCAUCAUGUGA